AACAUCGAGUCCCUUCUGACUGCUGGGCUGGCGCCCAGACCCUUGACAUUCAGGGACGAACACACCGCUGAUCAUAAAAUUGGUGUUAUUUCCCCAUGUGAUGGACAAGGAAACCGAGACCCGGAAAUGAUGCUUUUCCCCAAGGCCACCCACUCUGGGUCACACAGAUUUGUCCAACACCCACGCCUGGGCCCGGGGCCCGGGCCCAUUUAUCAGCAGGGGCUGAGCUGUGGGUUCAACCCACCUCCGCUAACAGCGUGAAGGAACAUCACUGGCCAAGACCAGAAGGACCGAAUAGGUGGGGGAGGUUCAAAAUGGGGUCGUGGAGGUGACAGCGCCAGAGCGAGCCCUCGCCCAGCAGCAGGUCGGAGGGGGUGGGCCAUGGGGCUCAGCGACUGGACUGGUUCUCCCUCCCUCCACCAGGUGGGCAGCACGCCUGAAGGCCAGAGCCGUGACCUCUGCCUCUCCCCCAGCGGGGCCAGUGACCGGCCUCGGCAGCUGACAUCGCAAGGACGACGUGGGAGCUUGGGCGUGCUCGGGGAGCCUUCCCGGAGACAUGGAGCUUUGGGGUGGAAUGCUGUGGGCCCUCCUGUCUGGCCCCGGGAGGCGGGGAGGCACUUGGGGCCGGGCCUUCAGUUCCUGGCGACCCCACCUGCCUCAGGCUGGGUGGAGUGCCACAGAGCUGGUCAGCCAGUGGACGGCGGUCUUUGAGAAGAGGGGCAUCCCCGAGGCCCGGGAAUCCAGUGAGUACAUCGUGGCUCAUGUCCUUGGAGCCAAAACAUUUCAGAGCCUGAGGCCGGGACUUCUGUCGAAACCCCUGACCCCCUGGCAGCUACAGUGCGUCCAGGAGCUGAGUAGCCGCAGACUGCAAAGGAUGCCUGUGCAGUACAUCCUUGGCGAGUGGGACUUUUGCGGGCUCAAUCUGAAGAUGGCACCCCCAGUGUUCAUCCCUCGGCCGGAGACAGAGGAGCUGGUUGAGUGGGUGCUGGAGGAGGUGGCCCAGAAGCCCCGUGCGGUGGGAGCCCAAGGCGGCCCCCUCAUCCUGGAGGUGGGCUGUGGGUCGGGAGCCAUCUCCCUCAGCCUGCUGAGCCAGCUGCCCCAGAGCCGAGUCAUCGCUGUGGAUAAGGCAGGAGCCGCCAUCUCCCUGACCCAAGAGAACGCCCAGAGGCUUCAGCUGCAGGACAGGAUUCGGAUCGCCCCCCUUGAUGUGACCUUAGAGGGCAGCUGGGCACACCUUCUGCCCUGGGGCCCCAUGGACCUGCUUGUCAGCAACCCUCCCUACGUCUUCCACCAGGACAUGGAGCAGCUGGCCCCUGAGAUCCGCAGGGGGUGGCCGAGCUUUGCAGGCCAUGGAGGGCUCAGCGGUGACACUAGAAUGUCAGACGGAACAGAAUGCAUCGAAGGAGCUCAUUUUACAGAAGACUGAGGCCCAGAGGGGGAAGGCGCCUUGCCCCAGGUCAUGGGGGACUUAGCAGGAAAGCUGAGACCAAAACUACUUCCGGCUUUGCAUUGAGCCAUCCUGCUCUCCAAUGGGCUGAGACCCACACGGGCAGUGGCCGUGGGUCAGGGUGCUGGCUCCCCUUCCCAGGCUCCCAGGGUGGGCAGGGCCAGCCCCAGGCCUCCCCAGACCCAGAAUAGGAGCAGCCUGUUGUGGGGAGACAGGCUCAUGCCCGGGGCACUGCCUGGUGUGCGCUGCCGGUGGGCCAUCGGGGGAGCUGGAGCUGUCGGCAUCUGGGGCCUCCUCUGGGCCCUCAGCCGUCCUCUCGGCCCAGCGUGCAAGGACCCGGGCCCCUUGCGGAGGCUCUGCUCAGCUCUUGCACACUUGCCCGCGCGCCUGCCCCGUUCUCACCCCCUGCUCCCCUCAGCUACGAAGACCCCGCAGCCCUGGAUGGCGGGGAGAAGGGCAUGGCCGUCAUCGUGCACCUCCUGGCCCUGGCCCCUCGGCUCCUGA